GGAGGGGGGGACGUGGCACGGUAAGAUGACUUGUGAUGUGAUGUGAUGAGAUGCGAUGUGGCGAGUGCAAGCCGAGGCGCGCUGCCACGCUAGCCGAGCGCAGCCGCGGAGCUCGCGCUGCGGGCGCUGCGCUACGUCAAAUGUCACCGACGCCAAGUCACAGGGCCGCGCAGGCAGGAGGGCACGAGGGCCGGCCGGCCGUCCGGAUGCCAAGGCGCGACCGGUGAUGACGUCAUGCGCAUUUACACACGGCUGCGUGUUAGCGACAGAGAGGGAAGCACGCACUCGUGGGGUCUGUGCAGCGGCGGUGUCACCUCCAGGUUGAUGUGAUGAGGGAUGAGAACCCCUAACCCCCCCUUCCCCCCCUUCCCGUCUUACCUCACCUUCCCCUCCCUGCUCUGGCUACAGACGAGAGCGUUAUGCAGUCCUUCCGUGAGCGCAGCGGUGGUUACCACAGCAACCAGCCCUGCUACCAGCAGGAACCCCAUGAAUUAUCCCGUCUGGAGACUUACCGGCAACACCCGCAUCAUCCCCAGCCCCAGCACCCGCACCCAGGCCCUGGUCCACAUCCAGGCCCAGGUCCAGGGCACGCCAGGUCAGGCUAUGAGGCUCACGCGCUGGCAAAUCCCACGAGCAUGCCUCCAGCCGGAGGAGCUGGAGGACCCAAAGACUGUUACAGCCAGCAGGCAUAUGCUGGAUACCCAGGCAAUGGCGGAGGUAACGGAAAUGGAAAUGGCAGCUCAGCGACUUCACAGGCAAAGAAAUCCUAUAGAGGAAGCAAAGUUCCCCCACCAAACCCCAGUCAGCACAUGCAGGGUCCUGGUGGUUAUAGUAACCACAUGGGGCCUGGAAAUUACUCAGCUCAGUAUUUGAGCGAGGGCCACCUCCAGCAGAAGUGGGAUGACCCUUCCCAGUUAGCACAAUACGAACAGGAGAUCGUGGGGCGCAUGGAGGCUGGUGGAACACCUGCACCCGGCUCUGCCCAGUACAUGGACCAGAACAUGCUGGGCCACACUCAGACCCAAUGCCAUCAGCCCUCCACUCCUGCCUACACCAGUCCACAUCACCAGCCCCACCCACCGAAUCCCUCCCCCUCCCCUCUCAUGUACCCCCAGAGUCACCUGCACUAUCCCCAGCACUCACCUUCGCCUUCACCGUACAUGGAAAAGUGCAGCCCCAUGCCUCACUGUUACAAAGGUUACAACAUGCCUCCGAAUUCCCAGUUUGGUAGACAGAUGAGCAGCCACGGCAAUCUGAAACAAGGGGGGUACAGGUCAGCGCAAAGCAGCUAUGGUUACCAGCAGCCCCCCUCCAGAAGUUACGAGCAGCAACCUGCUUUACAGGCUAUGACUAGCCCGCAGGAGCCCCAUCCUAAAUACCAACACUACAGCCAACCCCAGCAGAACUACUGUCUCUCAGAACUGUCCGUCAGAUCUCCUGAACAGUAUUAUCAGACUUGUAGCCCCUCGUCAAGCCACUCACCUGCACGCUCUGUAGGGCGCUCCCCCUCCUACAGUUCCACGCCGUCACCACUGAUGACUAACCCAGAGUCGUUCCAGUAUGGCCAGCCUCCCAUGACACCUGGGGCAGCAUCCUCCUCUUCUUCCUCUUCAGCUGGUAUGCAGGAGCAAGCCACUACCAACACUAUGCUGAUGCCCCCACGUUCACAUCCCUCACCCAAUGUGCCCCAUGCAACCUCCCACAGCUACACUAGCACGCCGCAGGUUUCCACCAUGAAAGAACGCUUUUCAGAGAAACUUUUGUCAAAUCCCAGCCUGUGGAGCCUAAAUGCACUCACCUCCCAGGUGGAGAAUAUCUCGAAUAAUGUCCAGCAGCUGCUGCUUUCAGAAGCCCUGGUGGCCAACAAGAAAGGCAGUAAGCGCAACAGCGGGGGGAGCAACAGCAGUGCGGGAAAUGGACCAUCCUCCAAAAAGGGUGAUGAGUACAAAAGUCCUCCAUAUCCAGAUGGUGGCUGCAGCAAUGUAGGUGGAGCCUCCAUGCAGGACCCUUACUCCACCCCGCAGCACCAGCCGAUGCCAUUGGAACUUCAUGAGGGGGGCUACUCCAGCAGUAGUGAUGAACAGCUCGAACGGGGCUACUACUAUUGUGGACAGGGCAGAAGCCCAGCACAAGCCCUCAACAACACUCAACUCAGCGUAGAUACGGUCUCAUCAUGCUCCAUGACAUCCCCAGAUGAUAUGUCAACCAGGUCUGGGGACUCAGGUCUGCACAACCUUACCCCUGAUCUCACUAGAUGCCAUUCAGGUCAAGGAGGAGAUGGCAUGAGUACUCCAGUGAAGAGUAUCGGCGAAGAAAGGUCUCCAACAAGCAUUACAAUACCCAGUCCUAUGAAACAAGAAAGAGACUCACCGUCAGAUUUACAGCAUAGCACUGAGCCUGUGAAGGAGAACUUUGAAGAAUCUGCCUGGACAGAGAAAUCCACUGAAAAAGAGGAGGUGACAAAAGGAAAAUCUCCUGAUUGUGAGAGAGAUUUGGAAACCAUCAAAAAUACAGAGAGGCUGGAGAAAUGGGCAGAUGAAGAGAAAUGCCCAGACCUAUACAUCAAAGUAAACAAAGAGGUGACAGAAAAAAGCUUUUGCUAUGAUGAGAUGGUUUACCAAGGGGUCCAGACACUAGUUGGACAGUCCCCAGCAGCUCUCUCUGAUUCUAGCCACAAGGAACACUUUGGUCAAGAUAUGAAAUCAGAGGCAUUCAAAUCUGAGUCUCCAACGGCGUCUGAGAGCUCGGUGAAAACGUUGCCUUUCAUUUCUAGAGGUGACCUUGAGCAGGAUCCAUAUUCCACAGAGAAGGACGACAGCUCAGAGAACACAUCUCCCACACCAGCAUUGGAUGAAUGCAAUUCAGACAAGAGGGAGAGCAGAGAUGAAGAGGACGAGGAGGAGCAGGGAGGAGAGGAAGGGGUGAUUGAAAAGGAAGAAGACAUACAAAAACAACAGCAACACUCUCUUUGCCCUCCUCUGUCUGAAGAGGUUAGGGAGCAACUGGGGGAGGGGGAGAAAUUGAGCCAAUCACUGACUGAAGAGCACAUGAAUAAUAGAGAUGGCCUAGAGAAGCCCAUUGGAGAUGUCCGCAGCAGAAAAGACAGUCACAGCAUUCAUCUCCAUAGCGACAAUGAGUUUGCAGGGGCACCUGUCCAUCGAAAUGCAGCUGCAACAACAGCAGCAGAUGUUUCUGCAAGGGAGUCAGCCAUUGGUGAUACUGCUCCUCAGCCUCAGUCUGCCGUGCCCAUCUUUUCAGCUCGCAAUGACAAGGCAGCACCGCCAGCUCAGGCCAGGGAUCAUAUUGAUCACAGUGAUGCUAAAGUGCUGGAGCCAGACUCUCCGCAGCUGCCAGGCAAGUCAAUACUUCCCUCAGCCCCCUCCUGGGCAAACACUCCACCUUCUCCAAAAAAGGGGGAUGAGGACAUGGAGCCAGGCAUCAGCUGUGCAAGUGCAGUGACCCCCUUGGCCAAGUCAGAGCCUGUGGCCCCAUCUGCUCAGCCGAGGACAUUUGGACGUAAACAUGUCAGGGGCAGAAGGAGAAUCAUGCAUUCAGGUGUGGGAAUCAGGCGACAACUAAGCUUGGAGCGAGAGGUGGAGAAGGAAGAGGAAGGUGCACCCUCACCUACCCAGAAACCCUGCAUGCCUUCCAGUAAAACUGUGCUAUUUUCUGAUCAAAUAGACUUAGCUAAUCAGGAGUCUAUUUUGAGCCAGACUCCCAAAAUGGUCACUGAUAGUUUUCGUUCAAGAAUGUGCACUCGUUCAUUCAACGCACCAGACUUGCCAAAAGUUGAGCCACAUGUGAAGAGAAAACCAGGCCCAAAGCCUGGAUCAAAGCCUGGGCCCAAGCCAGGAAUAAAACCUGGACCAAAGCCAGGGCAAAAACCAGGAGCAAAGCCUGGACCUAAACCUGGACCUAAACCUGGUUUAAAACCUGGAUCAAAGCCUGGGCCGAAGCCUGGUUCAAAAUCAGGGCCGAAACCUGGGCCAAAAUCUGUGCCACAAGAACCGGAGCUGCCAGAAAAAAACGAGACUCAUAUAAAAAAGAAACCAGGUCCAAAACCAGGUCCAAAAUCUGGCUCAAAACCUGGACCAAAACCUGGACAAAAGGCCUGUCCAAAGCCAGCUCUAAAGUCGGGUCCAAAACCAGGGCCUAAGUCCGGACCCAAACCAGCAGAUGAUUUGCCACCCAUUGAUGCUGCACCCAUCAAGUCUUCAGUGGGUCGUCCUAAAGGUUCAGUAUCUAAAACAAAGCUGUUGCAGGAAGAAUUCACUGAACCUGAACCUUUGACAGGGCAGCAAAGCAAAAGCAGAAAGAGCAUAAAGUCGACAAUAUCAGAAAACCAAGAUGUAAAACCAAUAAUUCAGGAGGAGCAACAAGAAAAUCAAGAGGUAAAAGCCACAGAGAAGGAGAAUAAGAACAUGGUAUUAAGAUCUAGAAAACCAUCACAAGAAAAAAAUUCAAAAGAAAAGACAGAGAAAGACACUCAGCCCCAGUCACAAACAGAAAUUAAGGCCAGUGAUAUUUCUUUAAAAGAAGAGGAUAAUGCACCAGAGGAAGCAACUGUACCUCAUAUUCUUAAUGCAGAGGCUCCAGCAGAUUCAUCUGCUACACCUGCUCCCCCAGUCCCACCCGAACAAUGUGAAGAAAACAGAUCCCAUUCAUCACUAAAACGGAAACCAAGCCCAGAAAUGUCAACUACACCCAUAAAGAAAAAAAGAGGUCCGAAGCCAAAACCAAAACCCUCACCAACACUAGACCCUCUCCUGGAACAGGGGGUGCCUCUUCCUAAAGAAAAGUGUGUUCGAGGCCCCAAAAAAAAGCGAGGCCCUCUCAAGAAGGUUUCUGUGGUCACUCCCCAAACCAAAGACAGUUCCCUAAACAUCAGUGAGUCUGACAUUGCUGGUGACGUGGCUGUUGUGCCGCCUCAGUGUCCAACUAAAACAAAGGUUCUCCCACCACGCAAAGGCAGAGGACAAAAAUACGAGGCCAUGGUGCAGAAGAUUACGUCCCCCAGCUCAAAAAAGCAUCUUCCAAUUCUUCAGACAGACAGUAGUCUCGCUGAUGAUGUGACAACCAAGGCUUUGUCUCAACAUGUUUCAAAAGAAGGUGAGACAUCAGUGCUCAGAAAUAGCGCCGAGAUGAUAGAGGGAGAUGUGAAAAGCAUAGAGUGCAGACAAGAGGGAGAGAAACAACACAAAGGGGUACUGAGAAAAGAGGAGGUGACAGAAGAAAGCAAAAACCAUGAGAUGAGUCAAUCAGCGUUAAUGCCAGAGGAGGUGAGGCAAGAAAAGGAAGAGGAGGUUAUAAAUAAGGAGGAAAAAAUACACAAAAGCAGUAAUCCAGAUGCCCAAAGCAGCAAGGACUGGUGUUCAGCAGAAUCCCCAGUGGAGCUCACGGCUUCAGGAGAGUGGACACAAGAGCAUUCAGAUGACUUAGCUACAGUUGCCAUUAAAUCUGCCAGGACUAAGAGGAAGCGAUGGGCCAUGGUGGAGAGUACAGAUGCCUCAGUAGUAGCUCUGGAAGCAGAUAGCCUCAUAGUUACAACACCAAGGCUGGCAAAACAGAGGGCCAUCAAAAACAACCACGAAAUGCACCUCAAACAGAGAAGAAAGAAAAGAAAAGGUCAAGUCCCUCUGGAGGAAGAGGAGACAGUCGAGGAGACAAAUAUCAAAAUAGAAGAGCAGCAACAGGAGGGGGUAGAAAAGAGGGUAACCCCCACAGAGUCCACAGUAGCUCUGCCAAUCAACGCAGAUGAGAUCACAGAAGCCCCCCAGGUUUCUAGCACGGAACUCAUCCAGAAACCGAGGAGAGGGAGAAAACCAUCAGUUAACUCGAGCAAGAGGAAACGAGGCAAACCCUCAUCAGAGCAGAUUCAAGGGAUGCCGGUAAAGGUCCACAAAAAGCCCGGACCCAAACCUGGGAUGAAAGAUGCCCUGGAGGUCAUUGAGGCAGUGGUGAGGGCCGCAGGGUGUGAACAGGCAGAAAAAGAGGAGCGAAAGAAGGACGGACAGGAAAGAGGAGAACAGGAAAGCGAGGAACAAGAGAAGGCAUGCAUUGUGGGCCCUGUAGUGACAGUAUCCAAGAAACGGACGGAGAGUAUCUCCGUGAAACGAAUCAGGCGGAGACCAGUUCAUCAAAAUUCGAAACUGUCUUUCUGUCCUUACGUACGGAUCAUCAAUUCCAGAGACUUUUCCUCCUGGUGCGCCAUCGUCAACCAGCCCGAGGACGCAGUCAUAUUUCAGAGACGUAGGAAAAAGGGCAUUCUGAGGAUGAGGAAUCCGUUCACCGUCGCAAAGAUAGUGCCACACACUGCUGCCAUGUUACAGGGACCCUUGGUAAAUAAAGAUAUCACUGGUAGAAGUCUCACAUGUUGCCUGUGUGGGAGGCCAGCCAACUACAAAGACCUAGGCGAUUUGUGUGGCCCCUACUACACAGAGGACGGCGUUCCACGGAAGAUACUGACGAUGGAGCACACGGAAUCCCUCACGGAGAAGUCAGAGAAGACCGACGACCACGGUAGCAGCAGCAGCAGCAGCAGCCGAGAAAUAGGCAACUCCUCGCAGGACGAAGGCGAGGGCGGCGCAGAAAAGGAGGGCACCACAGAAGAACCGGCUCAAGAGAGCAGUGGCAGCCGGCCCCACCACUGGCGCCACAGAAGGUCAGAAAGGACGGAGCGGCUGGGCCAGGAGGUGGGUCCACGCAGGGUAACCCUCCGAGAGCGGUUCAGGAGGAUGAGGCAGCUUCGGGCCAGCGCAGCGGCCUCCGGUGACCAGGAGAGCGAUGACAGCACGUUCCAAAGGCUACAGGAAGAGGCCGAGGCCAAGGAACACUGGGCCCACGAGAACUGCGCUAUCUGGACCAGGGGGAUCAUCAUGGUCGCUGGGAGGCUGUACGGGCUGAAGGAGGCUGCCACCAAAUCGGCCAAAACGAGCUGCUACAAGUGCCAGAUUGUGGGGGCGUCCCUCAGCUGCUGCUGGAGAGGCUGCUCUCAUAAAUAUCACUAUGUCUGCGCCAAAGAGAUAGGCUGCACAUUCCACGAGGAUGACUUCUCCAUCAAAUGUCCCAAACAUGAGGACCUGUAACAUAUACUAGAGCACCACCUACACCACUGACACCACCUCUUAGUCAGGAAAGCACCACCUGUUCAGCAAGAGAAAACGUCCACAGCCUCUUGUUCCUAAAAGGCUCUGUGAUGACUGACGACAGACGGAUACGUUGGCCAGUGGGACAUGAGUGGUGGGAAAAGGCUUCACUGAGGUGAAGCUAGGAGCAAUAGCAAACCGUGCAAUGCUUCUACAGAGAGGAGCUGCUCCCCAAACCUGGCUGAGAAAUGUGUUUGCCCAACUGAGCCCCUCACUGGAAGACAGACGGUAGCGGCACAGCUAAACAGAGGGAUACGCUGAGCUUUUAGACUGUGUGCCUAGGGCCCGGGUGCACAGAGGGGCUGUUUGAAAUGCAGAGCGAGGGAUAUGUGCGGGUUCUACCUUUGGAUAGGUUGCUAUCAUAUUCCAGCACCUGGUGGACAUUGAUUGGACACGAGGAUCCCUCUGGCCACCUAGUCUGUGGGCCAUGAAGUGCGUUUAAGCAAGUGUGUGUAUGCGUGUGUGCGUGAUAAUCAUCCGAUUGUCAUUCUAAGGCUCCAUCAUCUGUGUGUUUGUGCACACGUGUCUGUGUGAGUGAAGUGCAUCUCCAAUGCAAGGAUGUCAUAAAAAAAAAACCCAGAAACAAAAACAGCAGCCAACAACUGGAUGUACUAUCUCAAUGUGUGCGUUUGUGUUUUAAAACAAGACACAAAGUGAAACAAAAAAGGAAACUGUACAUGUUAAUGUGCUUUACAGGUUCUACAUAUUCUGAUAUUGAAGAGUAAAGAAAAAAAAACGGACACAGUAUUUUAAUAUAAUGCUCUUAUCUUUGGAGAUGUAUUUUGAUGUGCAUUAUGACUAUACGGCAUCACUGCGUCACCCUUGGUACAUGUCAGGCUUUGUGUUCUUCAGAAAGUUAAAAAAACAAACAAAAAAACAGUUGUGCACAUUCAAUAUGUACAAUAGAUGCCACCAUCAUCACGACAGGUUGCAGAUCAGGGCUCCCAGGGUCCAACCGGGGGUCAGGUCAUCUCACGUCAUAUGUAUGUACAGUUAAAAAGUAUUACUGUUUAACAUUGCCAUGGUGUAUGAUUAUGUCACCAACCACAGCCGUGCAGAAAGAUGUACAUUCAGCUCAGAUUUCAUGACACACGUCUGUUUGUGUAUCUCAAAUGUAGCCUCUUUCACUCCACCAUGCUAUAUAACAGCGCCCUGUACAGGGUGUGAGUUUAAGUACUGGUCAUAUCAAAUGAGACAUAUUUAAGUAUUAGAGCAUAAAAGAAAGUGCAAAAAUGCCACACCAAACUUUCUCUUUUAUGAAGCUCAUUAUUUAAUGGUGUAUAUAAGUAUUUGAUGCUGUUUAAAUGUAAGAUGUGAUGUACUAAUAUAAUUGUGUAUAGUAUUUCCUAGAGAUGUUUAUUUUCUAUAAAAUGGAAUAUGUUAUUGCUUAUAAAAUGUUAUUAAAAGAACCCAUUGAUGAAAAAAAGAACCUUUUUUGGGAAUGUCACUCGUUUUAUGUUGGAGCAUGCCGUUUUAUUGACUUAAUGUCUCUUUGUUUGGAAUCGAUGACACAGCAUCACUUUGUUUCAAAUGUUUUUUGUAACGCCAAUGUUAAAUAUACCAGCACCUUUUAAUGCUGCUAUGACCGA